AUGACGGAGGAGACAGACCAACCACAGGCCGUCGAACUCUCCCAAACCUCUCCAAGUGCCCCUCCAGCCAUGGUGACAGAGUCUGCUGCACCAAUUGCGGACGAAGAGGCUCAAGAAUUGCCAACAAGCUCCCAGGUCAGGGAGUCAGAAACUUCCUUCCAGGAACAUCCAGAGGGACCCCACCAAAGGCCUUCUGGCGCUAUGCCUGGCGUGUUUGUUAUUAGGCAUCAGAAGGCAUGCAAGCUAAUCUUGGGAAGCUUCCUUGUUGUGAUCAUUGGAUUUGCUCUUCAUGACCAAUCUUCACUUCUGAGAGAGAUUGAAGAAAUAGGUGCGUGGCCGGAGACUGGGUGGCUUCAUUUUAGUUUGUCAGAGUGGCAUUGGGCAGCUGCAGCAGGACACUCAGCAGUGGUGGAACAGUUGCUCCACUCUGCUGCUGACCAGGAAACAGUAGACCGUAACCAGGAGGAUUUGCCAGCUCUCACAUCAGAGGCAAACGGAAGGGUAGUGUUCAGAAAGGGUUUUGCAAAAAAUUCGUGGAAGUUGCCAAGUAUCCACAUGGCUUUACAUUUUGCAGCUCUCGCGGGACAGCAGAAUUUGGUGGAAAAGUUGCUCCAGGCUGGUGCUAACAAAGAAGCAGUGGGUACAGAUGGCCACACAGCUUUGCAUGUGGCAGCUGCCAGGGGACACGAGAAUGUGGUGCAACAGUUGCUCCAGGCUGGUGCAAACAAAGAAGCAGUGCGUAAACAUGGCUUCACAGCUUUGCAUGUGGCAGCUCUCGAGGGACACGAGAAUGUGGUGCAACAGUUGCUCCAGGCUGGUGCUACCGAAGAAGCAGUGGGUACAAAUGGCCACACAGCUUUGCAUUUGGCAGCUGCCAGGGGACACGAGAAUGUGGUGGAAAAGUUGCUCCAGGCUGGUGCUAACAAGGAAGCAGUGGACACAAAUGACGCAACAGCUCUACAUGUGGCAGCUGCCAGAGGACACGAGAAUGUGGUGCAACAGUUGCGGUUUAACAUGGAAUUCCGCGAGAAUCGAAGGAUCUUCUUGGGCUUCUCGGAUGAGAAGAAGUGUGAGGAAGACUACUUGGAGAGCCUCUUGCGUCUCUUACCGCGAGUGUCCACGGGGCAGCCGCAACGGAUCAAAGCAAUGAAGAAGACCAAAGAGAAGAACGAACCAGAGGUCAUCUUGAGCGACCACGAUCCUUUCGUCUGCAGGUGUUGCAUCCAUUGCAUCGCCCUGCUGAGCUUGGAGCACAACUUGACCUCCUUCCAGCGCUUCGUGGACUUGACCCUGCCGAAACUGCUGUUCGAUCUCUUCUACAGCGAACAGAUCGACAAGUCCUCGGGGGAGGCGGUGGUCUUGUUCUUCGCGAAUAUUCUACACAGUUCGAAGCAAAUCCAAGCGCAGAUCAUGAAGGGCGCCGACAUCGUGCCUCGGCCGGGACGGAAACGACCGACCGAGCCGCUCGCUGUCGGUGGGACGGACGGUUGGUUCGUUCGGCUCGUUCGGUGA